UUCGAUUUUAUUUCUUUGUAAAGUCCUGUCUCUUAAAACGUAGUGAUUAUAUUCUCUUUGAUUGUCUUUGAUUUCAUCUGAAUGCAACAUUUUGCAUUUUGCAAUAACAUAUUUCCCCUUUAACUUUUCCAUAGUAUCUAUAUGUAAUUUAAAUCAGGUUUAUUUGCAUUUGCAGAUUUCCAUAUCUAAUUAGAUUCUCUUUAAUACUGUAGAAAUUUACCCACGUAGUGGUUAUAUUUUCUUUGCUGGUACCGAAUACGAAUUACGGAUGCGAUUUCCUAGUUGAAAGUCAUGAAACAUAGCUACACUAUUAUAUAGCGGUUAACGAAUAUAAAAAUCUUGUAUAUAUCUUAAAAAAUGAAUCCGAAAAGUCCAGAAGCGAGAAAUCGGGACGACAAACCUUUCGAAGGCAUGCUGAUAUCGGAACCAAAUCUUUUGGAAAACCUGACAGCUCGUAGUCCCUGUCAGCGAUGCGGGAAAUCUCGCAUGUAUUUUUGUUAUACUUGUUUUGUGGCUGUAUCUCAACUUGAAGGCAGGAUUCCUAUUGUCAAUUUACCAGUAAAGAUUGACAUAAUAAAGCAUAGAAGAGAAAUAGAUGGAAAAAGCACAGCUGCACAUGCUGCAGUUAUAGCUCCCUAUGAUGUGAAUGUGUAUACAUAUCCAAAUAUACCUGAAUAUAAUUUAGAUGGAAAGACUGUUCUUUUGUACCCAGGUGCAGAAGCCAGAACUGUAAGUGAGUUAUUUACAGGAAAGCUAGAUAUUCCAACAUAUACUGAGAUGAUGAUAAGAGAACUUCCUUCUGGUUAUAAUGUUGGGACAUUGAUGACACAGAUCCUAAAUAAGAGUGAGAGUCAUGAGAUAUAUCAUGUAACCAAACUACCUGUAGACCGUAUAGUCCUUAUAGAUAGCACAUGGAAUCAAAGUCGAGGAAUUUAUGCUGACGAAAGGCUACAGAAAAUACCCAAAAUAGUGCUACAGAAUAGAGCUUCACAAUUUUGGAGACAUCAGAAAGGCAGUCCAAGAUGGUAUCUUUCCACUGUUGAAGCUUUACACCAACUUCUGUUAGAAUUACAUUUAUGUGCUUGGGGAAGGAGUGAACACUACCAAGCUCCUCUAGCCACCAAUUAUCCAAUACAUACAGAACAAAAUUGUAAUUCUAGUUGUGAACCUUAUGAAGGUCAAUAUGACAAUUUACUUUAUUUCUUUAAAUUCAUGUAUGAAAAAUUACAUUUAUUGUACAAACAUGAGGAUUUGUUGGCAUAUAAAAGACCAAUGUUAUAAGAUAUUGUAUAGUAGGUCACAGGUUGACAUGGUAAUUUUCUAGUGAUUUGGCAUCAUGUACCAGGUAGAUUAUAUCCUUUUUUUUUGCAACACAACAAAAUACGGGUAAAAUUAAUUUAACAUUCUUUUUUAAAUAGUAUUUUAUCCAUCACAUGUACUCAAACAAUCAUUGCUAUAAACGCUUAGUGAACAAUGUCACUAGUUUCUCCAAUUUCUAUGAGAAAAACUUCCAUUGCAUUUUCCAUUCCUAUAACUAUUCUUUUCUUAGUAAGCAUUCUCCAAUUUCUGAACAUGAUUUUCUGACAACAUUGCAUGCAUUGUUACAUCUUUUAGUUUUGUCAAACACAAAUAGCUAUUUAUGUUUUGUUCCCUUGCGAAGCGUUUAAUGUCGCCCCAGGCUAGUUCAAUAGGAUUUUAAUCUUACAUGUAUGAAGGUAGUCUUAUAAUGCCAUGUCUAUGUCCUUUAAUUAUAUUGUUAAUUUUAUAAUUCAUAUCAAUAGGUCUGUGUUGGCAACACUUUUUGAUAAAUCUUGUCCACCCACAUUCCAACUAUUAAAUAUUUCUAUUGCAUUGUUGGAAUUUUCUAAUUUUCUUUAAAUAUUGAUACGUUUGAAAGCUAUAUAAUUAUGUUAUAGUGUUACGAAUCACUGUACAAUUGUCUACACAAUUUUUUUGAGUUGUCUUCUUCCGUUAAGGACGAUUUAAAUUGCUUAUCGGGUCCUGCUAAUAUUGAUUCGGAUUUUAUUCUGGAUAAUGUUCUUCGAUAAAGUGGUAUAAAACGCAGCCCUAUUCGAUGUCUGAUUGACAGGGUAAUUAAUUUUUUUGUUUUUCCUCUGAGAUUUACGUUCAAUGUCGCAAUUUUCCAAUAAUAAAACGAUAAUCGAGAUCGCAAUUGAUAAAUGCGGUCGAUGCGGACUGGUGCAGUGCCAAGACUAAGAUGGCCCAGACGAUGUGCGGGUAUGCAGGUGUCUCCUCCCCCCUCACCUAAUCUCAUACCAUGAUUGCCAUGUCGACCUGACGCAUAUAUUAAUAUAACUGUUUUCAAUUCAUGAGCAAGUGGCUAAAUUAAGAUAAAAAAAUAUAACAUUGAUUUGAUUUUUAUUA